UCAGUCAGCCUGCAGGCAGCAGCUCUAUACUUUCAGACAGCCAGUGUGUGUCGGGGAGAACAUUGCUGUCGUGUUUCUGUGUGAGCGAGAUUGCGUGUGUGUAAUAUUAUAUGUGCGUGUUUGCGUGUGUGAGUUAGUGGUUAAAGCAGCCUCUUAGGAUGAGAGGCAGAGAGAGACAGACGGUGUUGUGAUUGAGAGUUGGCAACAUCGCCUCUCUGCCGCCUCACCCAGUCCUCAUCCUGCCCUCCUCUCCUCUCUCUUUCCUCUGGCUCUGAUCUACAACACCGCUGGGAUGUCUUCUUCUCCAGGAUCCAUGGACGGCAGCCAGAGGAAUAGCUCAGAGAAGGUGCCACCCCACGUGAAGGAGGUGGAGCCUGCCCAGGUGAAGCCAAAGGAGGUGGAGCCUGGCCAGUUUAAGCUCAAGGAGGCGGAGCUUGCCCAGGCAAAGAUGAAGGACAGGCAGAAGUUCUUUGAAGAGGCAUUCCAGCAAGACAUGGAUCAGUACCUGUCCACCGGCUACCUGCAGAUCAGUGAGAGGAGAGGAAGCUUUUCAUCCAUGGAGGUGAACGUGGACAUGCUGGAGCAGAUGGACCUGUCCGACCAUGAGAGCUUUGACGUCUUCCUCCUCUCUGGGGGAGAGGACAACAACGCUGCCUCCCCCAUGCUAGGUCCAGACGUUGACUCGUUAACCACAGAGUUCACCCUGCAGGUUCCCACCCAGGCUGAGCUAGGAAACAAGCUGUCCUCCCUCUCCUCCACAUGCACUGACAGCCAGGACACCGAGGCUGGGGACGAUGAUGAAGAGGAUGAAGGGGGAAGGGAGGACAGCAGCGACCGUCCUGUUGGGGUGCAGAGUUUCCCCCCAACACUGUCCUAGCAGAGAGGCCACCACCCCCCACCCAGAAGCAAGACACUUAAACACUGAGGACAGCAGCUCACAGGCCACAUAAGGGCCAGAGUAGGAGCUAAGACAAUGAACAGACCGAAACCCUGAGAGGAUGGGAGCUAAGACAAUGAACAGACAGAAACCCUGAGAGGAUGGGAGCUAAGACAAUGAACAGACCGAAACCCUGAGAGGAUGGGAGCUAAGACAAUAUACAGACCGAAACCCUGAGAGGAUGGGAGCUAAGACACUGAACAGACCGAAACUGAGCGGAAUAUAUGCUAUGCACUGGAUGCAUGGAGGAAGAGAUGCGUAAUUUAUGUUUCCUGUAUUUUCAUCCUUUUCUGUAAAGAAAUAACUCCAUGUUGAACAUUGUGGUUACAGUAUUAUUCCCCCAUAAUCUCUUGACUUGGUAAUAAAUAUUUCACCACCCUGUACUACCAUUUCUCAUACUGAUACC